CCCUGCGUCUUGCCCAGGCUCUCCGGGAACCUGCGCGCCUGCCUCGGAGCCUCUCUACUGUUAUUCUGGAUCCUCGCGGGAGGCAGUACAGCGGUUUGGCGGCCGCGGUUCUCCUUCGGGGGUGGUUUGCUCCUUCGUCCCGGUGUCGACGUGGUGCAGCCUUUCUGGGGCUGUUUGGACACCUCGGUGAAGUACAGCGGGUUUCGAGUAGGUUUUCCAGUCCCUAAGCCCUGCCUCCUCCCGGAGCUGCCGCGCUUCUUCUCACCAAGGGACAUGGAUGAAAAUGAAAACAGCCAGUCUCCGACAACAAGCUACCAAUAUCCCAAAGAAGCCGUAAGGAAGCGCCCAAGUUCGGUACAGAGUUCGGCAGGAAGUACAUCUUCGAGGUUUUCCAGAAAAAGCUUCAAACUGGAUUACAGACUAGAGGAAGAUGUAACCAAAUCAAAGAAAGGAAAAGAUGGGAGAUUUAUUAACCCAUGGCCAACGUGGAAAAACAUCUCUAUUCCAAAUGUUCUUAGAUGGCUGAUAACGGAGAAAGAUCACAGUAGCGUUCCAUGCUCCAAAGAGGAACUUGACAAAGAACUCCCAGUGCUCAAGCCGUAUUUUAUCAAUGACCCCAAAGAAGCUGGCAUGACGGAGGCUGGUUUGAGAGUCACGUGGCUGGGCCACGCAACGCUGAUGGUGGAGAUGGACGAGCUCAUCUUCCUCACCGACCCCAUGUUUAGCUCCCGAGCUUCUCCCUCACAGUACAUGGGUCCCAAGCGCUUCCGCCGUCCGCCGUGUACGAUAAAGGAACUCCCCCCGAUAGACGCAGUCCUCAUCAGUCACAACCACUACGACCACCUGGACCACGGCUCCGUCCUUGCCCUGAACGAGCGCUUUGGCAGCGAGCUGAGAUGGUUCGUGCCUUUGGGUCUUCUCGACUGGAUGCAGAAAUGCGGCUGUGAGAACGUGAUUGAGCUCGACUGGUGGGAGGAGAAUUGCGUCCCCGGCCACGACAAAGUCACCUUUGUCUUCACGCCUUCCCAGCACUGGUGUAAACGGACCCUCACAGAUGACAACAAGGUUCUGUGGGGCAGCUGGUCCGUGUUGGGGCCAUGGAAUCGAUUCUUCUUUGCUGGGGAUACUGGCUACUGCCCUGCUUUUGAAGAGAUCGGAAAGAGGUUUGGUCCAUUUGACCUUGCGGCCAUUCCCAUAGGAGCUUAUGAGCCAAGGUGGUUUAUGAAAUACCAGCAUGUUGACCCGGAAGACGCAGUCAGGGUUCACAUUGAUGUUCAGGCGAAGAGAUCGGUGGCGAUUCACUGGGGGACUUUUGCCUUAGCUAAUGAGCAUUACUUAGAGCCGCCGGUGAAACUGAAUGAAGCGUUAGAGAGAUACGGGCUUACAAGUGAAGAUUUCUUUGUCCUGAAGCACGGAGAAUCAAGGUACUUAAAUACAGACGAGAAAGCGCUUGAAGAAACAUGAAAAUAGGAAUUUUCAGUGAGAAGACUAAGAAAUUCACAAAUAUUAUGACAUUUCUCACCCGGAAACAAUUUCUGCAAGUGUGUGUUUUGUUUUGUAUUAUAACGUGCCAAUUGAUCAGACUCACAUAAACUGUGGGAGCCUAGGGGUGGGUUAUUUAAGGGACUGUCCAAUAUAGAUCUAAAAACAGAGCAAUGCUAUAAACACUGCAAAAUAUUAUUUUUUAUCAAAACACUACAUUUAGUUUAAUGGUAGUGGAAUUUCUGAGGCUGUGAAAACUGACAUUAAAGUUCCAUUUCUUUUCCUGUUAUUCAAGGCUUUCUACAAGGGAGAGUCAAGCUUACCUACCUAGAUCUCUCUCUCUCUCUCUC